GCUGUCCAAAAAGAAGUUAAACAACACCAGUCUUCUCUUCACAAUUAAUCCUCACGGCCGCCGGAAUCCUCCCAUCCUCCGUCACCGUUAACUCCUCCGGUAAAAAAUAACCCUUCACAUUUACUCCGGUAAUUUCACUACCGGUUUUACUAUUUAUCCAAACAAAUCCAAUCUUCUCUUCACAUUAAAGCCUCACGGCCGCCGGAAUCCUCCCAUCCUCCGUCACCGUUAACUCCUCCGGUAAAAAAAAAAACCUCCACACAUUUACUCCGGUAAUUUCACUACCGGCUUUACUGUUUAUCUCCCCCACUGUUAUUCUUUUCCGUUUAAAGUUCAAUUUCAUCAUUGCAUUCAGUUAGCCUCACUAAAAAUGCAGUGAAUUUGUAUGGUAUUUUAAACAAUUACUGUCUAAUUUCAACAUUUUGAGAUGAGAAAAGUGGUUGGUAUUUGUUUAAUUUUGCUAUAUCUUCAUAUCAUUGUGGUGAAAUCACUGAACCCAACUCUAGACGACGAUGUUUUGGGCUUGAUUGUAUUCAAGGCAGACCUUCAAGAUCCCGAAAACAAAUUAUCUUCAUGGAAUGAAGAUGAUGACAGUCCUUGUAAAUGGGAAGGUGUUAAGUGUAACCCUAGAUCUAACAGAGUGUCUGCACUUGUUCUUGAUGGGUUUGGGUUAUCUGGAAAAAUGGGUAGAGGGUUGAUGCAGUUGAAGUUUCUUAGUAAGUUGUCAUUGGCUAGAAACAAUCUUACCGGAACCAUUGGGGUUAAUAUUGGUCAGCUUACUAACCUUAGAGUGAUUGAUUUGAGUGAAAAUAGCUUUUCUGGACCUGUUCCUGAUGAUUUUUUCGAGCAAUGUGGUUCGUUGCGGUCGAUUUCUUUAGCGAAUAAUAAGUUCUCGGGUCGGGUUCCGGAUAGUUUGGUUUCUUGUUCUUCUCUUGGUGUUCUUAACUUUUCAUCCAAUCAGUUUUCGGGUAUUUUGCCUUCUGGUAUCUGGUCUUUGAAUGGGCUAAGAUCACUUGAUGUGUCGGAUAAUCUUUUGGAGGGUGAGAUCCCGAAAGAAAUCGGAGGGUUAUAUAACCUGAGGGAAAUUAAGUUGAGAAAGAACCAGUUUACUGGUCCGGUUCCUGACGAAAUUGGUGCGUGUGCGCUUUUGAGAUCGGUCGACUUGAGUGAGAAUUCGUUUUCCGGGAGUUUACCAACCACAUUGCAGAAGCUUUCGUUGUGCGAUAAUUUAAAUUUUCGUAGCAAUUUGUUCACUGGGGAGAUUACGGAAUGGAUAGGCGAACUGGGACGGCUUCAAACCGUUGAUCUCUCGAAGAAUAUGUUCUCGGGUGCAGUACCGGACGCGAUUGGUAAUAUUCAGUCGUUGAGAAUACUGAAUAUUUCCGACAAUGGCUUUACCGGGAGCUUGCCUGCUUCCAUGAUCAAUUGCGAAAACAUUCAGAUCUUGGAUGCGAGUCGGAAUUCGUUAACGGGGUUCAUUCCUACUUGGGUAUUUCAGUUAGGGCUGCAAGCUGUUCUGUUUUCGGAAAAUAAGCUGACCGGAAGCAUUAACGGUGCUGUUGAUUUAUCCAUUGACGUCUCGCACCAGAAUCUUCAAGUUCUUGACGUGUCACACAACGAAUUAUCGGGUGAAAUCCCAUCCGAUAUUGGGAGAUUUACCAGCUUGAGAGUCUUAAACAUGUCUAAGAAUUCACUAACGGGUGGAAUCCCGGAAACUGUUGGAAAGCUAAAGGCUUUAAACAGUCUUGAUUUGAGCGAAAACCAGUUGAAUGGAAGCAUUCCAAGUUCAAUCGGAACCUGUUCGUCCCUCACGUCUCUGAUAUUAUCGCGAAACAAUCUAUCGGGUCAACUUCCAGUAUCAAUGUCGAAACUUGUUGCUCUUGAACAUGUAGAUUUGUCUUUUAACAAACUCACCGGCACCCUACCGAAGUCAUUAGAAAACCUCGUCCAUCUCGUUACAUUCAACGUUUCACACAAUCAACUUCAAGGUGAACUACCCGCCGGUGCAUUCUUCAACACCAUUUCUCCAUCCUCUGUAUCCAACAACCCAACUCUUUGCGGCGCUGCAGCGAACAAAAGCUGCCCAACCGUCCUUCCUAAACCAAUCGUACUCAACCCAAACUCAACCGGCACAGACCCUGACUCGGUCCCUCAAACCCUCGGUCACAAAAAGAUACUCCUCAGCAUUUCAGCUCUUAUCGCCAUCGGUGCAGCCGCUGUGAUCAUCAUUGGAAUCAUUUUCAUCACGGUUCUCAACCUUCGAGUCCGUUCCACCAUGUCCAGAUCAGCAGCCGCCGUACCAUUAUCAGGCGGCGACUUCAGCAGCUCACACACCACCGACACACACUCCGGCAAGCUAGUUAUGUUCUCCGGCGAACCUGAUUUCAGCACAGGCGCACACGCGUUAUUAAACAAGGAUUGCGAGCUUGGUCGUGGCGGGUUCGGUGCAGUAUACCGAACUGUUCUCGGAGAUGGCCGGUCUGUAGCUAUAAAAAAACUAACAGUUUCAAGUCUAGUAAAAUCUCAAGAAGAUUUCGAACGAGAGGUCAAAAAACUGGGUAAAAUUAACCAUCCAAAUCUCGUAUCACUCGAAGGGUAUUACUGGACUCCAUCGCUACAACUCCUAAUAUACGAAUACGUAUCCGGCGGGAAUCUCUACAGGCAUCUUCACGAAUCAACAACACAAGAUGAAAACAUUGUAAACAACAGAAGCUCACUCACAUGGAACGAAAGGUUCAACAUAAUCCUCGGCAUUGCGAAAAGUCUAGCUCACUUACACCAUCUCAACAUCAUACAUUACAAUCUAAAAUCCAGCAACGUCUUAAUCGACGGUCUGGGCGAGCCCAAAGUAGCUGAUUUCGGGCUAGCAAGACUUCUACCAAUGCUCGACCGUUACGUUCUCAGUAGUAAGAUUCAAAGCGCACUCGGGUACAUGGCACCCGAAUUCGCUUGCAAAACGGUGAAAAUAACGGAUAAAUGUGAUGUUUACGGGUUUGGGGUUUUGGUUUUGGAGAUUAUAACCGGAAAAAGACCGGUUGAGUAUAUGGAAGAUGAUGUUGUGAUAUUAUGUGAUAUGGUUCGUGGGGCGGUUGAAGAGGGUAGAGUGGAUGAGUGUAUUGAUGAACGGCUUCAGGGGAAGUUUCCGGCUGAAGAAGUGAUUCCGGUGGUGAAAUUGGGGUUGAUUUGCACGUCACAGGUGCCGUCGAACCGGCCGGAUAUGGCGGAGGUGAUUAAUAUUUUGGGGCUGAUUAAAUGCCCGGAAAGUCAGGAGGAAUAUGAUAAUAAUUAGGUUGGUGUAUGUUUUAUGAUUAUUAUUAUGAUGGGAUUAGUGUGGGGUUAAUGAUGGAUUAGUGGUUUUCCGGCGAAGAUGAAUCCGGUUAGGGUUUGAUUUUGGGUGUAGGUUGUGUUACCGGAUUUGUUUUCACCGGGUCCGGUUCGGAUCGGGGUGACUAAUUAAUGAAAAAGCCUAUCUUUCUGGUUUUGGUUA